CACCACCACGCCGCCACGCCGCCAUAUCGAUCAUAUAAUUAUUGAAGAAAGGCAAUGACUGUACGGGUACUAGACCCACCAUGACAAUAGUCCUGUCCACCAACGGGGAAGGGAACGAGGGCCCGGGAUCGAAUCCCAACGUGCAAGUUCAGGAACUCGGUCCAGCGAUCUUCAUCCCAUCCCAAGCAAUCGGCAAUGUCGUCGCAGAAACAAAUGAUCUGCUUGCCGGCCACAGAGAAUGGUUGAACAGUCUUCCUCAACGAGCCGAACUGGAACAGCAUCAGAUCAAAGCACGGGAUGCUCCAGCUAGUAAGUCUUCCUGGCUUUGUCACGUUGCAUUUUUAGAAAAUAGCAAAAUUCCCUGUCCAUCGAAGCUAUCUGAUUUAUCUGCAUCAAAACUUACACCUCCAGGUCUCGUCACCCCAGCACCAUCUCUCAGCAAACGUUCUCCGGUCCCACAACCACAAGCAGCGAUCCUCCCAGAAUGUUCUGGCUUCGUGGCCUCCGCGAGUGCAUCCGGCUCAAAUAUUGGCUUUGCAUCCGCCUCCACGAAAUUCGCCAUUUCUCUCUCCUCCAUCUCCUCAACAGCAUCCGCAACAAUCGCCUCUCUCCAAGCACUCUCUGCUUCCCAAAGUACCGCACUACAAAGCGCAUCCACAGCCCUGACAUCAGCGUCAUCAGCUCUUGCUUCCGCGAAUUCGUCUGCUAUUGCAGCUUCAAGCAGUGCAAAAUCCGUUCAAUUUUCGGCGGCGAGUGCAAUUUCAGUUGCACAGGCAAGCGCGCAGAGUGCUAUUAUCAGUGCUCAGAGCAGUGCAAAUGCCGCUGUGCAGAACGCGAACAAUGUUGCUAAUGCCGCCCUGGGUACUCUUUCCUCCCCAUCUUUCAACCUCACUUACUGAUGUGUACGCAACAGCAACGGCAACCUUCGCAAUAACUCAGGCCCAAGCUUCCAUCUUAGGCAUCAAUGCACAAGCGCAAUCCAAA